AUGGAACACGAUUGCAACUCAAGGUUGGAGCAUCUAUGGGACAUACUCAAAGACCGUGCCAACUACUAUGAAUUGUUGGAGAAGCAGAGCAACAAGAUCAGCAAACAGUUUGAACAACUAAUACAGUUGUUGAUGGCCCAGGAGCACAAGGUCAAAGGACCGAUCACUCUACAGAUGGAGCAAACACGAUCAACAAUCAACAACAUAAUCAAUGAGAUCAGUGACAUCAACUCUAUAAUCAACAGGUCACGACCACCACCAAAGGACAACAGUGACACGAACAUAUCCAAGGUGAUUCAGUCAAUCACAACUUGUUCAUCGGUUGAUGAGUUCAUUCAAGAAGAUGAUGAUGACAACAACAACCAACUUAAUGACAAUGAAUUGAUGUUGUUGGUCAAAAGUCACGCUAAACACAUGGAACUCAAUCAGUAUGAUCUGUUAGACGAAUCUCCAUCAAAUCACCAACUGGAGACCAUCAAGAAUAAUGUCAGGAGCACCAAGGACAAGAUACAAGCAUGCAUUGAUCUCAUUGAACAAGUUCCACAUACUGAAUCAUUUCAUAAUCACAUAUUCUCGCGUAUUGACAAUGAUGACGAUUCUGAUAACGAGGAGAUGUCAUUUCUCUCAUUGGAGACAAAUAGACAUACAAAGAUCAAGCGUAACUUUGGUGAUCUCAUUCGAACCUCAGCAUCAACCAUCUAUGCGCGUGGAAAUGUCUAUUACUUUGGUGGAGAUGAUGAGGACACAUUCAUGCGAUACACAAUUGCAGAUGGCCAACUGCUGGAAGAAGAACAGCUUGUUGGUAUCCCAGGCGGUGACGAUAUAGGAUUAUGCUAUGAUGGUGACAAGCUUAUCUACCUCGUUGGUGGACUGUCCAACGAUAAUUUUCUGACAAGAGUGGACAGCUUCAACAUUGACACCCAUGAAUGCAAGAAUGUUGGACGGCUUCCAUUUAGAUUUUUCCAAUCAACGGUGUACUAUCACAACAACACUCUCUAUGUGUUUAACGCCGACGCUGGUCCGGGUGAACCACAACUCAAGCCCAUGGCAUUCAACCUGUUGACUAAAGUCGCGAGAAUCAUCAGCAAUGUAGAUAGAUUUCCAGAAGGCAGUACUUGCUUCGAUGGCAAAGACAACAUCUACAUUCUUUACCGCGGAACCAAUACGUAUUUAGUAUUCCGAUUUACACUGUCGACCAAACAACUGGAACAAUAA